AUGUUCGCCAGGGGAAGCGGCGCUUGGAAAAAGGCAACCUCGGCAGCUCAGGCUUCCCUCCGCAGAGAGAAAGUCUGCCACUUUUCAACGGCUGACAACAAUUCCCGGCCUGGAAGGGCAGCUGGCACUUUGUCCGAGAAGGGACCCCCUUCUGCGAGUGAGGCAAAGCAGAAGAGAGAGUCGGAUAGGCAAUUCUUGAUCUCUGUGCUCGAAUCGUCGGCGACCAAACGUGACGCCAAGGCCUACCUCCAGACCUUUGGCUCUUCUCCAGACCGGGGGCCGAAGAAGACGCCGGCCUUCACUACCGUCGUACACGACGAGCUCCAUGGUCAGGACGACGCUCCGCGGUUCGUCCAGGGCCCAGUGAGAGUGUCCGUGGCGGACACAAGCGAGGUGCCCCACAUCGCUAUCGUCAAGCUUAGGGAACCACAGACAUGGGACGAUGCUCUACUCGACGGUGUUGCCAAAACACUCACGCAUCUGCGGGACCUAGGUCUGCGUAGCGUUAUCGUUCUCGAUUGCGACCUAGACGGAAGCGAUGGCGUCCGCUGGCAGGAAGUUGUUUCCCAACAAACAGACCGCUUCAUCAAGGCCAUUGGCCGACAUGGCUCACCAGGGGCGGAGCUGGUAAGCUUGGCUAUUUGGAAGAAAAAGGGGUCGCCGCAACGACUCUCAUCCGUCGGCUCAACGAAUUUGUUUGUGGGGUUUGGGAACGGCGUCACUACGCCGCUCAGGUACGGCCAUCUUGUGGUGGUUCCGCCUCGUGCAUUAUGUGAGGAGACGCUGGGAUACAGUGCAGCGGAUGCCAACGAGAUCAUAUUUGCGUUGACUAGCUUCUUCUCGGGCUUGCAAUUCGACAAGCAGACGGGUACAGAAGAUAGUCCAGAAGUCCCCUCGGGGCGCCGUUCUCUACGGAAAGCUCUGGUUGACAGAGUCAUCAUCAUAGACCCAUUCGGUGGAAUACCAGCGAGCAGUCACGGCGACGGCGCGCGCGUGUUUGUCAAUCUCGAAGAAGAGUUCGACAAGCUCCGAGACGCGCUAGCCGCCCACGGGCAACAUGACUUUCUGCCGAGCAGUGCAAGUUUACUAGGCUACCCCAAAGCCAGGCAUGUCGAGAACCUAAAACUCGUCAAGAACACGCUGGGCAUACUCCCUUCGACAGCAUCGGCCGUCAUAACCAGUCCGGCCGAGGCCGCUAACCUACGAGCCUCACCGAUUCAGGUGAAUGAGGCCAGUGUUGGGCGAUUUGCGGGCGAAGUGAAAACUAGGCGGUGGCAAAACCCCCUCAUCCACAACCUCAUCACCGACAGGCCCAUCUACUCGGCGUCCCUUCCCAUCGGCAGAGUGAAGCCCACAGCCCGAAACAUGGAACUCACUUCAGCCCGCAUGCCAACCACAACCCUCGCAAAGAAGGGCCUGCCGGUCACGAUCUUCCCGAACCCCCGGUCGGGCCCCUGGAAACCCCCACAACCUGGCAGCCCGCGGCUCAGACUCACCGAUACCUGCAUCGAUCUGCCGCGGCUCGUCCACCUCAUCAACGACUCGUUCAACCGCAGGCUCGACGUCGAGCACUACCUGCGGCGGGUGCAAGACAGCCUGGCGGGCAUCAUAAUCGCGGGCGAGUACGAGGGCGGGGCGAUCCUGACGUGGGAGCGGCCGUUUGGCAUGGACGAAGAGACUGCGUACCGCGAGGGCAGGCUGGUGCCGUACCUGGACAAGUUUGCCGUGCUCAAGAAGAGCCAGGGCGCGGGCGGCGUGGCCGACAUUGUGUUCAACGCCAUGGUGCGCGACUGCUUCCCGUCGGGCGUGUGCUGGCGCAGCCGGAAAAACAAUCCCGUGAACAAGUGGUACUUUGAGCGGUCGUGCGGGGCGAGGAAGCUGCCCGACAGUAACUGGGCCAUGUUCUGGACGACACCGGAGGCGGCGACGGAUGAGCAGCUCAUGCGGGACUAUGAGGAUGUGUGUAGGAAUGUGGUGCCGUCAUGGGAGGAUAUGAAGCCGGCGGAUUAG